GGGCACCCUGCAUGGUCAGUACUUAAUAACACCCCCUAUGGCAAGUAUCACAGCUUGUAAACACUUUCUGUAGCCAACUAAGAGUCUUUCAAUUCUUGUCUGGGGGAUUUUCGCCCAUUCUUCCUUGCAAAAGGCUUCUAGUUCUGUGAGAUUCUUGGGCCGUCUUGCAUGCACUGCUCUUUUGAGGUCUAUCCACAGAUUUUCCAUGAUGUUUAGGUCAGGGGACUGUGAGGGCCAUGACAAAACCUUCAGCUUGCACCUCUUGAGGUAGUCCAUUGUGGAUUUUGAGGUGUGUUUAGGAUCAUUAUCCUGUUGUAGAAGCCAUCUUCUUUUCAGCUUCAGCUUUUUUACAGAUGGUGUGAUGUUUGCUUCCAGAAUUUGUUGGUAUUUAAUUGAAUUCAUUCUUCCCUCUACUAGUGAAGUGUUCCCCGUGCCACUGGCUGUAACACAAGCCCAAAGCAUGAUCGAUCCACCCCCAUACUUAACAGUUGGAGAGGUGUUCUUUUCAUGAAAUUCUGCAUCCUUUUAUCGCCAAACAUACCUUUGCUCUUUGCGGCCAAAAGGUUCUAUUUUAACUUCAUCAGUCCAUAGGACUUGUUUCCAAAAUGCAUCAGGCGUGUUUAGAUGUUCCUUUGCAAACUUAUGACGCUGAAUUUUGUGGUGAGGAUGCAGGAAAGGUUUUCUUCUGGUGAUUCUUCCAUGAAGGUCAUUUUUGUGCAGGUAUCACUGCACGGUAGAACAGUACACAACCACUCCAGAGUCUGCUAGAUCUUCCUGAAGGUCUUUUGUAGUCAAACGGGGGUUUUGAUUAGCCUUUCUAGCAAUCCUACGAGCAGUUCUCUCGGAAAGUUUUCUUGGUCCUUCAGACCUCCACCAUUCCUGUUAACUGCCAUUUCUUAAUUACUUUAUGAACUGAGGAAACAGCUACCUGAAAACACUUUGCUAUCUUCUUAUAGCCUUCUCUUGCUUUGCGGGCAGCAUUUAUUUUAAUUUUCAGAGUGCUAGGCAGCUGCUGAUUGUUGGGACAAGGUUUGAGGAGUCAGGGUAUUUAUAAAGCUUUGAAAUUUGCAUCAUCUGGCCUUUCCUAACAAUGACUGUGAACAAGCCAUCGCCCUGACAAGCUAAUUAAGGUCUGAGACCUUGGUAAACAUUAUCCGAGAGCUCAAAUCUCUUGGGGUGCCCAAACUUUUGCAUGAUGCUCCUUUCCUUUUUUUUCCACUCUAAAAUUGUACAAAACAAAAAUAAUACACUAAUCUUACUUAAAAUAUUGACAAGAAUGUUUCAUCUCUAACCUUAUGACUUUCAAAAAUCAGUUCAUCUUGUACUCUAUUCCCAAUUGAGUUGGAGUUCAUAGCUAUGGAGGGAGGAGUGUAGUGUAUUUAAUAUUUGAGUAAUAUUGUAAAUAUUUUGUUUGAUUGAGCAUUCUUUGUUCACAUAGUUCCUUAUGUGAGAAGCAUGUGAACAGGGUACAUCAUUACGCCAUCACAGCGUAUGUGAUCACCUCACUAAAGAAAAAUGAAAGAGAAAAGCACGAGUACUGUAUCCCCAGGUACUGUGUUUGCCAUUACGAAACAUAACAGGAGAUUGGGGCUCAUUUGUAACACUGAAGAGGAAUUUGGAUACAUACAUGGAUGAAAGGGGUAUGAAUAGCUACAGUAAGGGUGCAGGUGGCUGGGACCAGGUAGAAGACCACUUUGGCAUGGACUAGAUGGGCUGAAGGUCCUGUUUCUGUGUUGUAAUGCUCUACUGCUCUGUGACUCUAGGAGGCACUGACAACUGUGACUAGCAGGGAGCAUGAUGUGAUAGGUAAUACAACCUAAUUCCAUGCUGCUUCUAUUUUUCUCUCUAUGAUUCUGAUUCUAAUUCACAAACUACAAUUUACUUUACUGCUAAAAUAAUAUCAUGGCAAACUGCAGUAAGGUAAGAUUAUCUGAUAUGUCUAAACAAGUAACUAUUUCCAAAAUGAAGUGAAAUUUUAGGAUUCACUUAGAAAUUCCAAUGUUUAUUUUUGCAAGUUACAGAGAAAACAAAUAUAUCCUAGUACAAUAAAACAAAAAUGCUUAAAAUACUCAGGCAGCAUCUGUGGAAAUGGUUAAUGCUUCAGGCCCAAGCACUUUCAACUUCUAGUUAUUUUACUUUCUCCGCAGAUGCUAGGUGCUUCCAAUGAUUUUUGCUUUUACUGCAGAUUUCUAGAAUCUGCAGUUAAUUUUUGAUUGUCAGUACAUCCUGUACAUAAGAUGAUUGUCAUGUUUCUUAUAUUAAACAGUGACUGCAUUUAUCUAAAGAGACCAUCUGGCCUCCUUGAGAAAAAAAAAUGAUUGAAAUGAAUCUGAAUGGUUGUCAAGUUCUCAUACUGCUUACUAACCGGCAGCUUCAAUGUAAAUGUUUCUCCCAACAGUUGUCAUUUCAAGUUUACUGCCCUCCCACAGAGGUAACAAACUGCAUUUGACGCUAUCAGAAAUAUAUUUUGAAUAAGGCAUUGACAGCUUUAUAUUUUUUUAGAUUCUAACUCCGAAUGUAACUGCACAGAUUAUGUGUGUGUGUGUUGUACUUGACUGGUUAAUAUGCCGAAAUUUUAGAUGUCCAUUCUGCAAGCUUUUUUUUGAACUGCUCAUGGAACAGCGCAGGGUGCAUGGAACACGCUGUUCUUUCAUGCUAAAUGUAUCCAGUGCACGUUUCCACUAGAUGUCGCGCCACUGCCAGUCUGUGUAACUUGAUUUUCUUUGCAAAGGGCGAGCACCUUAUGCAGUUCGAUUUUAAACUUUCAAUAAUUGUAUUUCUCAUUUGCAGCGAAUUUACGUUGCAGUCGUCCACUUUGCAUCUGUAAUUAGUUUCUUGUUUUUCUUCUGUCUACAUGAUUAAUAACUUCCCUUUGAGUUCCGUGCAGUUUUCCCUUGAAGCUGUUCCUGUUGUAAAUCAGUGAUUGACAUUCAGCCCUUAACCACAGUCCCCGAUUCCGCCCAUAUUGCAGAGCUACAAUCUGAUUCCGCCUAAUCGCAAAGGGGCCUUUUCUCAUGAAAAAAAACCCCUUUCGGUGAUCCAAGAUGAAUAAAUGCGUUAAUGCAAAUUUAUGAACAUUGCAGACAUAAAGAGAAGCCGAUAACACAGUCUUUAAGCACGUAUUCUCCAUACAUUUGGGAAAUAAUAAGGGUGCAUGCUUUCGCGCCAAAUCGCGGGCUCCUCCUUAUGUAAAUGAGAGGGGCUGGCACCGGGGAUUUUUUUUCCCCGAGUCCUUCCAAUUUUUUUCACAUAAUAAUAUCCAGCACUGCAUCGAAGUUGCGCUGACAGACUUCUCUGUCAGCUCCGAGGGAAUGAUCAGCAUCUAAUGCGGGGCUUCUGACUCCUGGAUCUGUUCAGAUACGGACACUACAUUUUAAGAUAUCGUGGAGUGUUGUCCUUUGCAAGAAAAAGCGCAGUGAAAGAUUGUUUGCAACAAAAGAUGCCUGGAAUCAUGUCAUCCUGCAGCACAUCGUCGUCCACCUCCGGCUCUCCCCCUUCCUCCUCCACCACCAUCACCUCCUCCCUAGCUUCCUGGUCCUCUGCUUGCUGCUGCAGCCGCUCCGCCUUCUGCAAGAACUACGACCUGGAGUACGACUCCUACCAGCCUUACUUCUACCCAGACGAUUACGGCCCCGAGGCGGACUUCUAUCCGCCCAGCGAGGAUAUCUGGAAGAAGUUCGAGCUGCUGCCCACGCCCCCGCUCUCCCCGAGCAGGGCUGGCUGGUGCGGGGCCGCGGCUCUCGGGGACGAGGACUGGGUGUCCGAGUUGCUGCUGCUGCAGGAGGAUGGAGUGGGCGAGGACGGGCAGCUGGCCUCGGAGCCCGGAGGCGUCCGCUGCUGCGGCGACGGGAUCGCCGCCAGGGUCGGAGGGAUCGCGGCGGGAGGAGGAGGCGGCGGCGGCGGCGGCGGCGGCGGAGGGGGGGGAGGCUGCGGCGGCGGCAAGAGCCUCCUGAACGCCAUCGUGCUGCAGGACUGCAUGUGGAGCGGCUUCUCGGACAGGGAGAAGCUGGAGAAGGUGGUCAGUGAGCGGCUGUCCGCGGCUCAGCAGGGCAAGGCUGCCGGCCCGGGAGCCGGUGCGAUGGGCGCCCUGGCUGUGGCCGCAGGCGGCGCUUCGGCGGACGCAGCCGGCACCAGCAGCAGAUGUGUGGCCCUGGGUGCCCAGGGCUCCGGCGGUAGGCACUCCGGCAUCGGCGAGCUCCAGCACCCCGCGUCGCAGUGCGUAGACCCAGCUGUGGUGUUCCCCUUCCCGCUAAACCGAGGCGAGGCGUCCCGGGGAGGAGCGGUGGCUAACCCCGCUUCUAAUCCGCUCGCCAGUUCCGGGAACGAGACCCCCAGCGAUUCCGAGGAGGAAGAAGAUGAGGAGGAGGAGGAGGAGGAAGAAGAUGAGGAAGAAGAGGAGGAGGAAGAAGAGGAAGAAAUUGAUGUGGUGACUGUUGAAAAGCGCCGGUCAUCCUCUAGCAAGCACGUGACCACCCUUACUGUGACUGUACGUUCCCACAACUCUGGCUGUGGGUCACCGAAGAGCCACAGUGCCUCCCUGCUCAAAAGGUGUGCCCCAAUACAUCAGCAGCACAACUAUGCCGCACCUUCGCCCUACGCAGAGUUCGAUGAGAUGCCGCCUCUGAAGAAGUUGAAAAGUGAGACCCUGCGCCUUGCCAAGCAGGUGGCCUCCGCCAGACCCAAGAGCGUGAGCCCCCGCGGAUCCGACUCUGAAGACAACGAGCGGCGGCGCACUCACAACAUCUUGGAACGCCAGCGGCGGAAUGACCUGCGCUCCAGCUUCCUCACUUUACGGGACCAAAUACCUGAGCUGGUGAAAAACGAUAAAGCAGCAAAAGUCAUCAUUCUGAAAAAGGCCACAGAUUACGUGCGGGCUCUCCAGUCAGAAGAGCAGAAACUGUUGUCGGAGAAAGAGAAACUGAAAGCCAAGCAGCAAGUGCUGGUAAAAAGACUGGAAGAAAUAAGGACUCGCUAGGCUAGAGGCUGCCCAAACUGGUUGAAUGCCACUUUUGCACAAUUUAGACGUCAAGAAUGUUUCAGAAGUUCUUUUUCUGGGUUUUCAAUCCAGCUGCAUUUAAACAUGGACAAAAUACUUCUAAAGCCUUAGAGGUACAUGUAUGUGUGAAUGGAGAUCACAUUUCAGAGGGCACACUGGUAGCCUAUUUCAAAACCUAUGUAAAUACUAGUUUAACAAUCGCCUUUUUCAUGUGAUGGUCUGGGUUAAGAGAAAAACUAGCCACAGCCUAUGCUGCCGUUUUUUUGGACUGGAAUUUUAUACAGAAUAAUACCUCAGCGUUUGAGGAGCAUGAAUUUUUCCUAUAAAGACUUCUUGUUAAUCCUUGUUAUGUACUGUACUAAUUCUUACACUGCCUGUAUCCUUAGUGUGAUGCUGAUACAUGACUACAUUUGAUACCUAUAUUUUCGUAUGAAAAUGAGUUGUGAAAGGUUUGAGUAGAUAUUACUUUAUCACUUUUGACUAAAAUUUCUUUUGUACAGAAAUUACUAUAUAUGCCUUUUACCUAGCCUCUCUGUUUGUGUUGCUGUUGGGUUCCUAGAACUGGGUAAUCGGCUGAGUUAUGUGUUUUUUCAUUAUGUACAUAUAGUGCUGCAACUUAUAGCACUUUUGAAAUACCUCAAGUUUAUGAAAAUAAAUCCUAUGAAACUAA